CCUUCCCUGAUUGGUUCCAGGGAGCAGGAGCGUGGCGGAGAUGGGCGGAACUGUUGUGCCUCUCUCAUUAACACGCCUCUCAUUCCCGCCGUGGUCGUUUCACUCGUUUUCUGACGCCGAGCAGCACCUUGUGCCACUGUCGCGACCCCCCCCCCCAUAUUUGGGUUUGGUACAGUCGCUAGCGCCGUCUCCACACUCCUCUCGGAACUAUGGGCGCGCGAGGACGAAGCUUAAUCUGCGCGGUUCUGAGACGGCUCCUGCCGCUGCUCCUCGUCAGCCAAGGCAUCUUUGAAAACUGCUGUGAAGCAUACAAUGUUGGACUCCAAGGAGCAAGAGUAUUUUCUGGCCCCUCGAGUGAACAAUUUGGAUAUUCAGUCCAACAGCUUUUAAACCCAGAAGGCAAAUGGUUGCUUGUUGGCUCACCCUGGAGUGGAUAUCCAAGAAAUAAAAUGGGAGACGUCUAUAAGUGUGAUGCUAAUCAACAGGGAACCAAAUGUUUAAAGAUGAACUUGCAGACUUUUGCAAGCAUCCCAAAUGUUACUGAAAUAAAGAAGGAUAUGAAUCUAGGAUUAACACUAGUAAGAAACUCAAUAACUGGAGGAUUUUUGACUUGUGGUCCUUUGUGGGCACAACAGUGCGGAAGCCAGUACUAUGCGACAGGGAUCUGUUCUGAGUUCAGCCCAAGUUUCCAGAUCAUGAGAAGUUUUUCCCCUGCUGUGCAAAAAUGCUUUUCGGCCAUAGACGUUGUGAUAGUAUGUGAUGAGUCAAACAGUAUUUAUCCCUGGGAGGCUGUAAAGGCGUUUUUGAAAAAAUUUGUUCAAGGUUUAGAUAUAGGCCCCACGAAAACUCAGGUAGGUUUAAUUCAGUAUGGUAAUUAUCCAAGAGAAGUGUUCAACCUGAAUACGUACCAAGAUAAAGAAGAUGUUGUACAAGCAAUGUCACAAACCUUUCAAAACGGAGGGGAGUAUACUAAUACAUUCAGAGCAAUUGAAUAUGCCAGACAUAACGCUUUCUCAAAAGAAGCCGGUGGGCGUCCAACAGCCUCUAAAGUAAUGGUUGUUGUGACAGAUGGUGAAUCACAUGAUGGCUCAAGAUUACAAGAAGUGAUAACUAAAUGCAAUGAGGACAAUAUCACCAGAUUUGGUAUAGCAGUAUUGGGGUACUUAAUUAGAAAUGAAAUGGAUACUAAAAAUUUAAUCAAAGAAAUCAAAGGAAUUGCUAGCAUUCCCACAUCAAAAUAUUUCUUUAAUGUGUCCUCCGAGGCAGCACUUUUAGAAGAAGCAGGAACACUGGGAGAGCGAAUUUUCAGCAUAGAAGGUACUGGUGAUCAAGGUGAUUUAUUCCAGAUGGAAAUGUCACAAGUGGGCUUCAGUGCUGCUUAUUCACAACAAAAGGAAGUUCUGAUGUUGGGUGCUGUUGGAGCCUAUGAAUGGACUGGAACGGUGAUCCAGGAGACAUCAAAACAAGCUACUAUAUUUCCCAAUAAAGUAUUUGAAAAAGUUUUGCAAGAGAGAAAUCAGAACUCCUAUUUAGGGUAUUCUGUUGCUGUUCUCUCAGCUGAAAACACCAUCUAUUUUGUUGCUGGUGCUCCACGAUCCAACUACACUGGCAGAGUAGUGGUUUAUGAGAUUGAUGACCAUGGCAACAUAUCUAUUGUUUAUUCUCAAAGAGGAGAGCAGAUUGGUUCCUACUUUGGCAGUGUAGUUUGUUCAGUGGACAUUAAUGGAGAUUCAGUAACAGAUGUGCUCUUGGUUGGUGCACCAAUGUUCAUGAAUGAGUUAAAAAAAGAAGAAGGAAGAGUCUAUAUGUUUUCUGUCAGAAACGGCAUUUUGGGCAAACAAGAACUUCUAGAAGGUCCUCAAGGGUUUGAAAAUGCUCGGUAUGGAUCUGCUAUCACUGCUGUCUCAGAUAUUGAUUUAGAUGGUUUUAAUGAUGUGAUAGUCGGAGCACCAUUAGAAAACCAGAAUGCUGGUGCUAUCUACAUUUACAAUGGUAAACAAAGAACAAUACACACUAAAUAUUCCCAGAAAAUUUUUGGAUCGGACCCUGCAUUUGGACAGCAGCUUCAGUAUUUUGGAAGAUCAAUAGAUGGCCGUAGUGAUUUAAAUGAAGAUGGUAUUACUGAUGUAUCUGUGGGCUCUGAUGGAAAUGUGAUUCAACUCUGGUCUCAAAGUAUUGCUGAUGUGUCCAUACACAUGUCAUCUACACCUAAGAAGAUCAGUCUGCUAAACAAGAAUACCGAGGUAGUUCUUCACAUAUGUUUCAGUGCAACCUUUAGACCUGCCCGCAGGAGUAAUCAAGUGGAUAUCAGAUACAACUUGACAUUGGAUGCUGAUCUCUUAUCCUCUCGAGUGACCUCUAGAGGAUUGUUUAAAGAAAACAAUGAGAGGUAUCUGCAGAAUAAUAUCUUAGUUGGCCCAAUUGAGAACUGCAAGGAGCAUGUGUUCAAUGCCCAGGAGCCCUCUGAUGCUGUCGACUCUCUUAGUGUGCGUGUUGAUAUUAGCCUCAGGAAUCCUGGUUCAAGCCCUGUUCUUGAUAAAACUUCCCCUGCAUCUGUUACUUACAAUAUACCAUUCAUUAAAGAUUGUGGUGAAGAUGAAGUCUGCAACACUGACCUUGUUCUUGAUGUUCAACAUAAAAUAAAUAAUGGCGAAGAACACUUUAUUGUCAGCAGUAAGAACAAAAGAUUGAUAUUCAGUGUGAAACUGAGAAACAAGAAGGAAAAUGCAUACAACACCCGAAUCCAAAUUGCUUUUUCUGAAAACUUGUUUUUUGCUUCAUCUUCUUCACCUGUUGAUGGAACUGAAGUUUCAUGCCACAUGACCGCUGUCCAGCAACUUGUUGUCUGCCAAAUCAGCUAUCCUGUUUUUAAAGCAGGACAAGAGGUAUCUUUUGAUAUUAAUUUUGACUUUAAUUUGAAAAAUCUUCAGAAUCUGGCAAUCUUAAGUUUUCAAGCUUUCAGUGCAAGCAAUGAAGAGGAUGAUCUAAAUAAUCAGGUCAACUUGACAGUUCCACUUCAUUAUGAUGCAGAACUUCACUUAACAAGGUUUACCCAAAUGAACUUCUAUGAAGUCUAUUCUGAUCGUAAUGUCCCUUCCACAGUGAAUGGUUUUGAUGAAAUUGGACCUGCAUUCAAUUUUUCCGUUAAGGUCACAAGAGGAAGUAUGCCAGUAAACAUGGUAUCUUUGAAAAUCCAUAUUCCACAGCACACUCAAGGGAACAAUCCAUUGAUGUAUUUGACAGCAGUGCACACCAGUCAGGGCAAUGAUAUCAGCUGUGAUGCAAGGAUCAAUCCAUAUAAAAUAGGACAGCAAAGCUAUGCAGUGUCAUUUAGGGAAGAAAACUUCAAAGCUAUGAAAGAGCUGAACUGCGAGAAUGUCAGAUGUGAUACAAUUACAUGCACGCUAAAAGAUAGGAUGCUGAAAGCCGAGUACUAUGUUAAUGUUUCUACCAGAAUCUGGAAUGGGACAUUUGCAGCUUCAGCUUUCCAGACAGUACAGUUAUCUGCAAGUGCAGAAGUUGAUACGCACAACUCAGUUAUAUUUGUGACUGGAGGAAAUACUUUAUCGAUUCCUGUCACAAUAACAAAGCCUGACGAGAAAGCAGAAGUGCCAGUUGGAGUUGUGAUAGGAAGUGUCCUAGUGGGUCUCCUCUUGCUGCUAGCUCUAGUUGCUGCUUUAUGGAAACUCGGUUUCUUCAAAAGAAAAUAUGAGAAAAUGGCAAGGGACAUGGAAGAUGUGGAUGAAAUUACAGAACUCACUAAGGACAGAGAAUGAAUAUAGCAGUAACAAUACUGUGUGCACAAAACUUCUGAGCCACAAACACUGCUUGCAAUCACACUGGUUCAACAACGUUGAGUGCUUUACAGAUUGUUGUAAUGUUUUCCUCUUUUUCAAUGAAAAUGUGUUUUUUAUAUAGAGAGAUUGAAAUCUUUUACAGGUACUAUUUUAUUUUAGCAAUAACUGCUGGCCAGUUUGGGGUUUUGUUUACAGGGAUUUAAAAUAUUGGGUAUUCUGAAAUAGCAGGACCAGAGGCAGUAGUACUGAACUGUGCCAGAAAUACUAUGAUUUAUGUCAUUGACAGACAGGAUAGUGUGUCUUCAUUAAACAUUGACACAAAUUGCAUUUAAUUUUUGGUUUCCCUGAUGUAUACAAAAGACCUACAUGUGGUGCAGCAGCACUUUGACUUGUUCACAUAUAACAGUAAGCCAAACCAUAGCUUAGCAUGAACAAGCAGGUUUCCAGAGCGAAGAUCAUGGUCACUGUCCUAUCUCAGUCCUGCUGCUGCCAUGCUACUUAGUGCCCAACCAUGCUAUGACUUAGUUUUAUCUCCAAACUCAGGCUUGUGGUUUGUCUCACUCCAAGCCACCAGCUGUAACCAACAGGUGUUUUAUGGCUUAUGGUUUAUAGCUUGGGGCAGACAAACCAUGAGCCCAGGUUCAGACAUAAUGCUUACCUGAAACCUCAGCUUAGCCCCUUGUAGCACAACAGCAGCAGGACCAGAGGAGUGCAGCAGCUAUGAUCUUCAGUUUGAGAAUCCGCAUGUUUGCUUAUUCAUGCUGUUUCAUGAUUUGGAUUAGCGUUAUGUGCAAACUGGGCAUUGCUUUCAGCUCUUGGUCUUGUAAAAUCUGCUAUUUGAAGUUUUUGCUGGUUUAUAAAGGUCAGCUUGUGAUUUAUAUGAUAAAAAUGCCCUUCCAGAGAUAGGGGUAUACAAGCCCACUUGGUGCUUGAGCUAGAUGGGUGGCUUUCUGUAUCCUGGCUACAGCUCAGACAGUGUAUUUUUCAUCAUGUAGUUCAAUUCACUGCUGUGGGAAGCCUCCUGCACUCUGCCACAGUUCUGGGAUUUGCACAUCUUGGCAUUGUCUAUUUAGGGCAACAGGAAACCUAUACCCACCCCUCCCGAUAUGACCAGAAGGAAAGCCAGGACCUGGAGGACCUUGUGUUGUCCCUUGAUUUGAUAGUGGAGCUCUGUUGUCAAGGAGAAAGCAAAAAAUACAAAAACUGGAGAGCAUCCAAAAUGAACCUUAAAACAAAGGAUGCUGAAAAAAAUGUGAACUUUAUUUUCAAAACAGCUCCACACUGUUCAGCUAAUUAUUGUUUAAGGGCUUCUUCAGGGGCUAUAAAAACAAAGACAAUACAUCACAUGAACACUCAACAUUUAAAAACCAGACUAGAUUGAUUAAGUACACAUUGCAUAUAAGCCUAUGUAUACUUACUCUGCAAGUUGUUUUUCAAUUUGAGUACAUAUACAUAGGCCUAUUUGCCAUUUUUGCAUAUAAUCAAUUUAGUUUCCGUCAUCAAUAGUAAUUUUAUUGCACUUUUCAACUGGCACAAAUCUGCAAUCCUGCAAAUCUAAUGUAAAUAUAUAGGUUUAUAACGUGCAGGGCUUUUAAAAAAUGUAUUUAAAAUGUGUUUUGAUACUACAACAUUCAGCAAGGCAUUGUUUUAAUAGCAUUUAAAGCAACAUAGUCACAACAGAAUCAGUACCAUUGACUUAAGGGAUGUUGCAGAGGCGAACAUCACUCAACUGUUAACUAGGGUUAAGGGAGUAGAAAUGGGUUGCAUGAUUGACUCCCUCUCAUAGAGCUCCUCCUCCUCUCACACAAGCAAUUUCUCCAACCUUCCUUUACCAUGGUUAGUCCUAUUUGACCAUCCUUACACAUAGAACCCUGGGCACGUUCCAACCCGGGAUUCUUUAACCUUAUUUAAUGACAAAAUUAGCAUACAACUGCACUAGCCCUAUAGGAAGACCAAAAAAAAAUUCAAACUAGUGUGCAACAUAAUAUUUCUUAGAAAUAAGUCUGAUCAUUUGGAUUACUGUAUCUUUGGCAUCCAAGCAAAGACUAGCUUUUCUAAAGAUAGGUUUCUACAGAUCUAUUUCUCCUACUAUUUAUCAUUGAAAAAGAUAUAGUUUAUUUCACACACUGAAAUAAAGCCAAUUUCCCCCCCCCCCAAGUCCAGUGGAGUCAGGUUUCACUAUAUACAAUGGGACUUGACUUCUGAAUAAAACAUGCGUAAGGAUUGUGUUGUAAGCCUGUAACAUUUGAAAAUGCAUGUUUUCCAAGCUGCAAGCAGGCCUAUCUCUAUGAAAUACAUUCUAUUUUGUCAAUACCAACUGAAAUACAAGGGAGCUCUGGAGAAUUUUCAUAAAGGUUGUAUUGGGGAUGUUUAAUUUGUACAGGGGGGGAAAGGCCCUCUCCAGUCUUAGUCAAGUAAUCGUAAAGCUGGUGCUGACAUGAGCUGAGCUCUCUGCAUGUGGGAUUCGUGGAGAUGUUUGAGUGUGUCCUCCCUCACACUGAGUGUACAUUUGCACUACCUUUUAAAUAUAAUGUAUAGAAUGUUCUCUUUUUUUAUACAAUACAUUCAGGUGCAAUAGUUUGCCUUCAUGUGUGUACAUUUUGCACUUUUGCUCCAGAAUCUCAGAAGAACUGAUGUACUGUGCUAAAUAAAGACUGUUUUGCCUCGAGUAAAAAAUUGAAAUAUACCU